AUGAACAAACACCAGAAUGAUAUGACGAUAGAAUCCAGCCAGUGCAUGGACUGCAGAACACUAUCUGGCAGAGGUAUCAAAGUCAAUGAAGCUUUCACUUACUCCUUAGAUGUGGCACGAACUGAUGUGCACAUAAGAAUUACAGAUUGUAAGAAGGGUGAAGACGAUGGUAAAGAUUGUUCUGGAAGGAAUAUCGACAGAAAUGUUAACAAAAAUUAUAAUGAAAGUAACAUUACUAACACCGAUUCCACUCACCAAAGAUCAAAAAUGAGAAAUAACAAUGUUGUAAUUAUUCAAAACCAGGAUGACAACAAAAGCAAGACAUUUGAUGGGAACGUAAACGGAGAUAAUAAAGAUAAAAAUAUUUACGACAAAAAUUUUAACAAACAAGACACUAAAAUUGAAAAUUCUUUCCAGGAGAAAGAAGUUAUUCAAACCAACGAGAACAAAACCGACGACAUAUCGGAAGCAGUGCCAGCCAGCAGCAGCUUGCGACAGCGCAAGUUCAGCUCGUUGAACCAGUUCGGCAUGAAGAAGUUGUGGAGGAAGUACAGUUUGAAGAAUGAUAACAACGAUAAUUUUUAUUACUUCGCCACUAAUCUGUGGAACUCUCUCGAUGAGAUAUCAAUAAUCGGUAUGAAACAUUGUGCGGACAGCAAUCGCUCGCUCAUAAACCGUGUCAUGUGGUCCAUCUUCAUAAUUUUCGGGUUUUUGCUGGCAGUGUACCAAGUAAAAGAUCGUGUUAUGUACUAUCUCAAAUACCCCACUUCUAUCGACUAUGACAUCGUCACUUCUCACAUCACACUCCCUCAAGUCACGGUCUGCAACAACAACUUCAUCAAGAAGUCUUCAGCCGCUAAUCUCAGUUUGGUGGAAUACUUCAGAAAGUUAGACCCUCUCGGUGUAAGAAUCAAAGUCGAGAAUUACCACAACCUUACUUAUUUAAACAAUGCGGGAAUUAUCGAAGCAAGGAAAUUCCUAUCUCCAGGACUCGAGCAGUUGGUAUAUUGCAUUUGGAAUGGUCAGGUAUGUCCCGUGGAGAUCAUCGGCACAACGUUCACAAAUGCUGGCCAAUGUAUUAUUGUCAAUCCCAGUAAAGCUAAUUCGAAUUUCCUCAACGGACCCGGUGCUCUAUCAGGACUGGUGUUGGUUCACGACCCAAAAGAGCCACCUCAAAUGUUGGAACUUGCCUUGAAUGUCAACCUUGGGGAGGAAGUCAACGUGGCCGUGUCAGUUACGAAUAUAACCAGGCUGAAACAUCCACACGGAAUAUGCACAGAUCAGGAAGGUUACCACUUCACCAAAUGCAAGUUGGAAUGCGUGACAAGGAUCAUAAUUAGCAACUGCAGUUGCAGACCCAUUUACAUGGAAGAGAUUGGGAAUGAAUCAAUAUGCAAUUACAACGAAGAAUUUCAUUGUGCUGAUAAGGUGAUGAGAAAUUAUUAUCUUAAUAGCUCACAAAAUGGUAACGACGACUGCCCACCGAUGUGCAACGAAGUUACGUACCAAACUUCAGUCACUGGCUCAAAAUUUUCACCCGUUAACUUUCAUUAUAUCAAACCAUUAUUUGAAAACAAAUCGAUCGAAUUCAAACCUAGCGAUGUAGUCAUUUUACGAAUUUACAUGAGCAGCAUGGAGUACACCAAAGUCUCGACCGUCAAAGCUUAUUCAGAGAUGGCGCUGCUGAGCGACCUGGGUGGUGCCUUGGGACUUCUUCUAGGAUCAACUUUCCUUACUGUUUUCGAAGCUUUUGAACUGUUUUGGGAUUUUUGUUUAUACACCUACGCCAGGAAGAAGAAUUGGAUAAAAAUAUGGAAAGCCUAG